AUGCUGCCUGUCACAGAAAAAGCCCCCGUUCUCAUAGUCGGGGGAUCCCUCGUUGGUCUCUCCGCAGCUGUCUUCCUAACUCACCAUGGUAUUCGACCUAUUCUCAUUGAGCGUCAUGCGGGUAGCGCCGCUCACCCCAAGGCGUUAGGUUUCCGUUCACGGACAAUGGAAAUGUAUCGUUCCGUCGGACUCAAGGACAAGAUUCCACUGGCAAGACCUGAUUUCAAACUUGUACGUACUCGAGUUCAUUCUCUGGCAGGGAAAUGGUAUGAAGACAGCCUAUGGAUCGAGGAAAAGAAGAAAAGCGACAGCAGUGAGAAUGAAAAGAAGACACGGGAGUACGAUCAUCUAGCGGAUUAUGCAUGGACUAUUGGCGCUGAUAUCACCCAAACCGAUCUUGAGACUGUGCUCCGAGACUUUGCAACUCGCAACGGAGCUGACAUUCGAUAUUCGACUGAAUUGAUUAGAUUCAAGCAAGAUGCGAAUGGUGUGUCAGCUAUCGUGAAACCCAGACAGUCCGGAGGAGCAGAAUAUGAAAUCCGUGCAGAUUACAUGAUUGCUGCAGACGGUAAUCGAAGCUCUGUACGUGAAUCGCUCAGUAUUCAGCGUCAUGGCCGUGGAUACAUGCAGACUAUUCGAAGCAUCUUGUUCGAAGCACCAGCUCUAAAAGAGUACCGAGACAAGGGACCAUCGCAAUUUACAAUCGAUCAACCCGAUAUGAAGGCGUUUCUGACAUACUACAAGCAUGGACGAUGGGCUUUAAUGUUCACUGACGACGUUCAAAGAGACGAGGGUAGCUACAAAGAAGCAAUAUACAAGGCAGUAGGCCGGACUGAUUUUGAUUUAAAGAUAAUCACGACAGGCGAGUGGGAAACUACAGCUUUGAUUGCGGAUUCAUUCCAGUCUAAUCGCAUCUUCCUCGCUGGCGACUCGGCUCACACUUUACCACCGAAUAGAGGCGGAUAUGGUGUCAAUACGGGUAUCGCGGAUGUAUGGAAUCUUGCCUGGAAGCUCGCAGCUGUCAUUCAAGGUCAGGCCAAGCCGGGAUUACUCGACACUUACGAGACUGAAAGACGAUCUGUUGCUUUGCUACGCCAUGAUCAGAUUUUUUGCCGACAGGAUUGGAAAAUCCAUGCGCCUGAAGGGGCAAAGCCGGUGGAACCGCUUGACGAUAUUGCUGUGGAGCUUGGUGAAUUGUAUUGCUCAAAGGCUAUCUUUUCUGAGCACCAGGCGGUUGAUAAUCAAUGCACCGCGAAGCGUCCGGAUGAAUGGAAUGGUCAACCCGGGACUCGCGCGGCGCACUGGUGGCUUGACGGCACUUCCUCAACAAGUAUUGACUUCUAUGGAAAGGACUGGGUUCUUCUCACAGAGAGCGAACAAUGGAAAGAUGCCGCUGAGAAACUCAACGAGAGCUUACCAGGAUCUGCUGUCAAGAUUCGUUGCAUCCAACUCGGGGUUGACGAGAAGUUUUCGGAUUUGAACGGAUUUAAGAAGAUUAUGGGAAUUACUAGUACUGGGGCCUCGCUAAUACGACCGGAUGGAAUUAUUGCGUGGAGGGCAAUGGAAAUACCAAAGUCGACAUUGCCCGAUAUGACACUUGAUGUUAUUCUGAGACAAGUCAUGGCCCAGGUUGCAUUUGCAGAGGGUGGUAGUAAUACCGGAAAGGGGGUUUUUUAA